AUACCAAUACCUCAGUGUUGAAACGAGGUAUCUUUCACUCAGUCUACCACUUGAGCUAUAUAUCUGGGUGUAUUCCACUAUCCUUGAAUCGAAUUAUCAGGUCCUUCUUCGCCGGAAAAGCUUCUAAAUGGCCGAGAAAAGCAAGAUCCUCAUCAUCGGUGGGACUGGUUACAUCGGAAAGUUCGUCGUGGAAGCUAGCGCGAAAGCCGAGCACCCCACGUUUGCUCUGAUCAGAGAAAGCACCGUUUCCGAUCUUGAGAAGGCUAAACUCAUCGAGAAUUUCAAGAACCAUGGCGUCACUUUGGUCUUCGGAGAUAUUUACGAUCAUGGGAGCCUGGUGAAAGCGAUAAAGGGGGUAGAUGUUGUCAUUUCUACAGUGGGCCAUGGGCAGCUGGCAGAUCAGACGAAGAUCAUCGCCGCCAUUAAAGAAGCUGGAAAUGUUAAGAGAUUCUUUCCAUCUGAGUUUGGAAAUGAUGUGGAUUGCGUCCAUGCAGUUGAGCCGGCAAAGAGUGCAUUCGCAACCAAGGCUCGGAUCCGGCGGGCUGUUGAGGCUGAAGGGAUACCAUACACAUACGUCUCCACCAACUGCUUUGCUGCAUAUUUCCUCCCGUCGUUGGGACAGGCGGGAGCCACAUCUCCCCCCAGGGACAAGGUUGUUAGCUUAGGGGAUGGGAACCCCAAAGCGAUUUUUGUCAAUGAAGAAGACAUUGGCACAUUUACCAUCAAAGCUGUGGAUGACCCUAGAACCUUGAACAAGAUCCUCUAUCUAAGACCCCCUGCUAAUAUCUACUCCUUCAAUGAUGUUGUUUCCCUAUGGGAGAAGAAGAUCGGAAAGACCCUUGAAAGGAUUUAUGUUCCAGAGGAGCAACUACUCAAGAAUAUCCAAGAGUCUCCAAUUCCUUUGAACAUGGCGAUCGGACACUCAGUGUUCGUGAAGGGAGACCACACCAACUUUGAGAUCAAACCAUCCUUCGGCGUGGAGGCAUCACAGCUCUAUCCCGAUGUCAAGUACACCACCGUAGAGGAGUACCUGGAUCAGUUCAUCUGAGUAAUAUCCGUCUCUAUAUCAAGCUUACUGCUUUCACUUAAUAAGUAUUCAGGGUGUGCUUUUGGAGCGAGGGAGAUUUGAGUUCAAAUGCUUAUUGUUCCUUUUUGAAGUUCCAGCAGAGCAUAUGAUGUGAGUAAAAUGUAGUUGUUAUAUCCAGUCAUCAAGAACUAUUAACUAUUUUGAUUUUA